CGAGUAGUACUGCAAACCAAACGGACCAAAUAACAAGAUAAAAACCAGUUUUGUAUUAAUUUAAUUGCAACUCUUUGAUAUAAAUUCUUUUACUUGCAUGUUAUUUCAUGUUACCGCGUAAAGUUCUCUUUUAAUCUCAUUAUAAUUUUGCAGAGCACCACUGUAUCAGCGUGAAAUAGACCCAAUUUCAGAAUUGUAUACGUCCAAUAAUAAACCUUGUUCCACCUUUCACUUUACUUAUGACAGAAAUGUUUAUUACGAUGUUACGUGUGAGCUGCUCCGUGUCGCGCGAGACUAGCUGGAGUCUGUCACGAGCGUGCGAUUGUUAUCCAUGGAUUGCGUAAGACAUCUAUCUCGCGGAAAGCCGCAUGGAGCGGAAAAUCUAGCCGUGGAGGUCGACGCGGACUUCAAUUAUGUCGAAUGAAAAGCGGUUGCUGUAAUUGGUCGGUUGUUCUCGCUUGGCAGCGCGGAAGUCGAGAUGCGGCUUCGUUUACUACGUCGACAAACGUCGACGAAUUCGUGCCGUUAUAAACGUUCCCGACUCGGUCCUGUCUCAAAUUUGAUUAUAGGUUACAUAUCCGGUGUAAUCGAGUGUCGAAUAAAUGACUGUAAGAUCAUCGCAAUCGCCCACAUCGUGACUCGUUUGAUUAUCCACAAUCUGCAAGACAGGAAGUGCAAGGAAUACAAACAAUUUGGAUGAGGUCUAUACUUCCGCGACAACCAAUGUGAUUAAUAUUUAUGCAAAACUGUAAGUGUAAAAACUCUGUAACUCUUAACUGUGUAAACUCUUAAAGUGUUAUGUGAAUGAGAGAGACAAUGGACUACGAGAUGCAUGAAUUGAGUUUAUGUCAAACAAAUAUGGUGAACACAAUGUAAUUCUUUCUCUCUCGACCGUUCCGUUGAAUUAAAUGUUAUCGGUGCAAUCAAGUGCAGUCGUGAUUUAAGAAGACAAUGACGGAAAACGUGUACGUUAUCAAAGUAAAAACAAAAACGCCGUUGUCGUCUUUGUAUCCAUCGGAGCGUCGUUACUCGGCGUCGACGGUCGGCGGUCUGUCCUUGGUCCACUUCGGCCUCGGAGCGCUGUCCCUCCUCCUGGGCACCCUCGCCUUGUCCCUGCAGGGCCCGAUCUUGUCCGUUGCGUGUCUGGUGCCGUUCGUGACAGGUCUCCUCGCUUGGCGACGCUGGUACAUCGACCGGAACAUCGCUUUUUUCUUCUACGGUAGCCUCUUUUCUCUGAUAGUCGCGAUCCUCUGCUUCAUCGUCACGAUCUUCGACGUUGCGGCGACCUCCAGCAGCACCGGUCGAUCCCUGUGGCCGCUGAAGAAGAUCCUCGACGCUACUCCGCGUUAUCCUCUUAGCCCUGUCAAGGAUUUCACAAACGAUACUUACGUGGAUGAUGUUACGUCGACCGAGGAUAAUUCAUUCAAUUUCACCGAGGAUUACGACUUUUUGACGAUUAAUAACGACUCCAGCAGUAAAGUACCUGUUACUUUAAAAUCUCCCAGCACCGAGUUGAACGUAUCGGACUUUCAUAUCGAUGCCAAAAGUAGCAAUCAAAAUGAUCCCACGGUGACGGACGCGUCGUUCAUGUUUCAAGAAAGGAUGGUGAUAUCCAGAGAAAUUUUCCAGGGUAAAAGCACGACGAACAUUACGCAAGGCUCAAUGAAUUUGGCGAAGGAAAAGGCUAAGACCUUCUGGCGCAGCCGUUAUGAGGACUCGUCGCACGCCAGAAUGCUGCUGACCUUAAACGUCCUGAUGGCUUCUCUUCUGGAAAUCUUCUGGUCGCUGCUCAGCGCAAAAAUCGCGUUCUGCGGAAUGGUGAAUCAACUACCGGAGAACGGUAAUGUCGUUGCCGAAUCGAAGACGACGAGAUUGCAAAAGAGAAAACCUCCGGCACCCAAACCGGACAUCUUGGAUCACGAUCGCCGGCUGUCGGAAGUUCUUCAGAAUUUGCAAGGACUCGCUGGUAUGAACCCGCGGCUACCUUUGCCGGAAUCCAACAGAGAAUUUAGAGAAAGAGUCGAGAGAUUUUUGGCAAAUCAGGCAACGCAUAGAGUUGUUGAAGGCGCUUGAAGCUAACAAUUUCAAAGUGGACUCAAAUUUCAAUAGCUUUCUCAUAGAAGUCUAAAAAUAUUUGCAAGAUUUCUCAUGUUCGUCCUCUUGUCACACAAUAUUAGUAUAAUUUAUUGCUUUAGAAUUCGAAAAUAUUUUGUAACAUUCUCAUUGGAUAUUUCUCUAAAAUUAUUAAUUUAAUACGAUAGCUAAUAUAAUAUGACACUACACCGAUCUCAAUUUCUUAUACCUUGCGAUUACUUAUAUAUAUUUCUUUUGUGACGCAGAUGUACAUACAUUUUAUUUUUAAUUGUAGAAAAAGUAGAAUAAUUAUAAUAUGCGUCGCACAUUGUUGCACCUAUCGUACUAAAAUGACAAACUUUCAUUUAUACGUUUGCGUGACGUUUGACAGAAAUGUGACAAUUCCGCGCUCAAACGUAAAAUCGAUCGCAGCGGCGAGCAAUAAACGAUAUAAAUUAUAUUUACUAUUACUUGUUACAUCAGACUGUGUUGCUAUAUCAUCGUGUGUUGUCAGAAGUGUUUUUUCGCAGAUCGAUUAAUUAACGUUAUCGAUUUACACCACAAUAUUGGACGAGAAUAAUUAACCGCAUGUUUUGUAAACAGUUUUCAACUAUGUUUCCGAUCGAGAACGAUUAAACGCCGUUUAUUUACUAAAGCAAAUUAUUUACAUAAGCUAAUUAUUUAUCUAAAGCCGUUGUCACUUUGCCGCGUUUGUCAUACGAUAAAUUGUAUAAGCCACAUAAGCGUAUCUUAUUGAGUUUCAUACGAAUGUACUCGCCGCCUGAUUAAUUAAGCGCUCCAUCGUACGGUACAAAAAUAUAUGACGUGCACUACGUGAUACGAAUCUUGUAUAUAUUACCGCUUAACAACCUGUGGCGAUGUCUACGGAACGUUUCUAGUUUCCGGAAACUCUGACAGUAUCUACGAAACACCGUACGACUUGUGAUGCGGUACAAAGUUAUAUUUUUAUUCUUAUGUUCUUAUAUAAAUGACAUUUUAAUCGCGGAAAAGUAAUUAAUAUUAUUGUUUAAGAUAUCUCGUUCGUUUUAAGAUUCGAUGGUAAUUUUAGUAAUAACGUUUUAACGCUUUAAUUAACAUGUAUACGAUUAUAUAUACAUAUAAUAUAUGUACAUUGAUAAGACUGCAACGUUUCUCGACGAGUAUAAAUUUCAACUCGUAAAAACUGCGUGUCUCACGGUCUAAUAAUCGCAUCGAAAAUAACACUGUGUGCCACGCGUCGCCUUUCAUUUAUGUAUUCAUAGUGAAAGUUUAAUGGCUUAUUACGAUAUAUCAAACAAUCCGAUUGUAUUGGCCAACGAGGCUACCGGUAUUCGCUAAGGAAGCUUAACAAUAGCGAUAUCACCUUGAAACUCGCAUUCCUUUGGUUUACUCGCGUGCACGAAGUGUUGCGUUUAUGUUCGCCGUUCAGCUUUUGCACUGCAUAAAUUUGAAUGGAUAAUACAAAAGGCAUUGUAUUAUACAUUCGCAGCGAGCAUUACGAAGAAAUAUACUCUGAAAUAAAAAUAUUACCUCAUGA